GUUGUUCAGUCAACGACGUCAGUCAACGACGAAACCCAAAUGAUUAUGGAGUGAAGGAAAGUAAACAAAGGGGCAAAACAAAGUCGAAAAAUACCGUAGGGUGCACAAAUUGUUGCUCUGGAAUCAAACUAUCAAAUAAUGAACGCAUUAUGGAAUCAGAAAACUUUAGAACGACCGGCGAACAAUAUAUGGGUCGCUAGCAGAAAUGCGAUUGACACAGAAGGUUUCGCAUCCACGUUAAAGUCUAUAAUCAGAGAUUUGGAGUCGCAAGAUGUUCUACACAUCGAAGCAGCGAUUUUGAGUCGUGUGAUAUAUCGUAUGAAAAGUAAAUUCAGGCAUGACAAGGGUCUAAAAAACAUGGAAAAAGUAAAUAGAGCACUUCUCAACUACCUGGGAUUGGAUCUACUCAAGGAGUACAAAGACUUGAGAAAUUAUGUGGAGCCUGAAGGUUCGAUGAUGAACCUUCCGACAAAACAAAUGAUUGAAUAUGUUCUAGUUAGAACACAAGGCUUUGCCAAACUCAUGUGCAGAAUUGAGGAGGUUGCUAAAUGUGCGGCAGAGUUCUUUAAGGCAAGAAUGUCUUUGGGUCAUUCGUGGACUACUGCUAUAAUCGCGUAUGCUGUCAUAAGCAGAAUAUGGUUCUUGGCCAGAAAUUUGGUAAAGAAAUGUUGUACAUGGUACAACAGCAUGUCCAACUACGUUGCCAAGUUUAAACAGGUUGGUCCAAGAUGGCUCCCGUCGAGCUAUAAUCUCCCAACAAAUUUAAAAAGUUGGCUUGACUUACCAUGGAUUGAGCAGCGGAUAGAGAGCAUACCAUUAAAAAAUGACGGGAAGGAAACAAUAUUUGGCCUGAUAAAAGCUGAGAUGGAUGAUACGUCCGAAUUAUAUGUUGAUGAGAACAAUAUGUCACCCUCUUUAAAUCCCAACAAAAACGUCAUUACAGAGUUUGAAAAUGCCACAGAAAAAACAUUAAUCAAUAAAUAUCAUGGCCCAACUUUUAUCGACGAUUUUGGAACAUCGAUAGACCGCAAAGCUUUUCUCGGUGAAGCAGUGACUCGCAAAUCAGAUUCUGAAGAAAACUUGGAGAACAAGAACAAAAACUCGUCCACUUCUACAACUACAUCUCAAAAUCGCGGGAAACGACUUCGCGUAGAGAAAGUACCAAAAUCCCCUCAAAAUAAAAUGGAAAAAUCAAGAGCACCAGAUGCUCAAGAGGUCCCAUUGCAGGUUAAGGGAAACAAGAGAAAAUAUUCUGAGUCAAACUCAGAGAAAUUUGAGCCCGAUGUCGAUGAAGUAGAAAGUGCUAGUGCGAAGAGCAACAAAAAAACGAAACCAAUUCACUAUCUGAGAUUUGAUACACCUGGUGAACUGCAAACGAUUGUGGAUAGAGAUUCUUGUCCAGGAUUGGAUAGAUUACAGUGGGAAAUGCUCAAGAAAGCACUCAAAAAAUUUCUCACAAAAUUGGAAAAAUGUCACCCUCGCAACGAAAAACUGAGAAAAACUUUAUUAAUGAAAGCCCAAAUGGAAAUUGAGAAUCGUGUAUCAUAGCAAUUCAAGUAAUGCCAGGCAAUCAGUACAAUAAUUUAUGUAUAUUUGACAAGUUGACUCGGAAGAUCUUUAUUGUGAAAAAUAAAUAUAAUUUAUAUAUUUUCAAAUGAAAA